UAAAAAAUUUUCGGGUAACCACUUUUCCUAACGUACUAACACUUUACUUUAAAUUAACAAUAUAAGUUUUGAUAUUUACUAUAAAGUUUAAAAUUAAAUUGAUAAAAAAAAAUCGCGUCGUGAAAGUCUACAAUCACAACACCGUAAUUAAAUUAAGCUCAAAACGUAAUGAAAGUGUGCCUUAUUAAAUUAUUUAAAAAACUUUAUAGUGUUGUUAUCAAAGGAGACAUAGGUCAAAAUGUAUACAUAUAAUAUAUAAGAUUGUUUAAUUGAUUUUAAUAUUUACAAAAAAUGAUUAAAAGAAAAUCGUAUUAAUGCAAUAUGUCCUGCAGUGAACCACCUGUUAGUGGACGAGUAAAUGCUAUUAAAAAUCAAUUUGAAAAUUUGAAAAGUCUAGACUUUUUAGAUGCAAAUGUUCCAAAAAAGAAACUACUUAGAAAACCAGGAUUUUUUCAAAGAUCAAAAACCACCCAUGAUUUACUUGCCAAAAGUGAAACAAACAAAAUUUCAACAAGUAAAUCAUCAAAAAAAUUGAGUGCAAGUAGCAAAAAUGAGAAAUUAAAACAAAAUGAUGAUAAUUCAGCACUCAAAUCAAAAUAUGCAAAACUUGUUGAAGAAUCAAAGGAACCAGGAAGACUAUCACGGCAAACUAGUGACCCUAUAAAAAGAAGUAGUAUAAAAAGAAGUCCAGCCUUUCGUAUUUCAAGUAGUAAUACGAAUAACACAAAUAUUUCAAAUUGUAAAGACAAGGCAGUUAAUACAGAAACUUAUCAAAAAAUUCCUAUGUCAUCAACAUCACCACCAAAGGAAUUCAAUACAAAAAAAUUUGAAUAUUUUUUGGUUAGAAAAUGUGCUUCUGAUAUAGAUAAAUUACAGCAACCUGGUCUUACUGAUUCAAUAAGAUAUGCUUUAAAACAACCUCUUCCAACGGGACCACCACCAAAAAAACCACCUAGAACAUUUGCAUAUACCAGUGACGAUACAGGAUGUGAAGAUGAUUCACCAGUUAAAAAUCUAAGCCCAGUUGAAAUAUUUAAGGAUCAUCAAAUCCAGCAAAUAAAAAGUAUUGAAAAUAAAAAAAAUGAAAAUAAAAAUGAGAAUAGUGAAAUAAAAUCUAAAAUUCAAAUUUUAGAAAAUACUUUAUUUUCAAAAAAUAAUAUAAGAAACAAUGAUCAUUUAAAUAAUAUUAAUAAUAAUAAAAAACCUAUUGCUCUAACUAAAUCAAAGACUGAACUUGUUUUACAAGGCUCAAAGCUUUUAGACUGCCUUUCAUGUCGAAAAAGUGUUUCUACCAUUUAUGAUCCAUUUGUACAGACUGAAAAUAUAUUAGGGGGUGAACAUCAUCAACAGAAUAAUAGUACUAACAUGAAUUCACAUAAUUUCAUUAAAAGAUUUUCAAAUAGUGUUACUCCAGUUGAACCUAUUUAUAUGGAACCAUUUAGUCAUUUAAAAAAUGAUACAAAUAAUUUCUUUAUUAAAAAAAUCGAUAAUAAAACUGAAACUGCAUCAACCAGUGGAGAUUCAAUGAAUGAACAUAGUAUUAGUGAAAGCAUUUGUAGUUGUCCUGAAAUACAUCAUAAUUUAAAGGAAGAUUUACAUUAUUUGUGCACACCAAUUGAUGAUAAUAUGGAUGAAGGUUGUCUUGCACUUGAAAAAGAUCAAAAGCUAACGCUGGGCAAAACCUAUAAUGAGAUAACCAUACUUGUUGACGCUGCAUUUCAGAAAAAAGCCAAUAAAUCAAACGAAAAUUUACAUAAAGAAAAUUCUGAAGGAAAAAAUUCAGCAGUUCGUUUAUCGCGUACAUUAACAGAAAAACGUAAAGAUUAUGUACGACGGAUUGCUGUAAUACCAGAUAAUCAAAUAAAAAAUUAUGGUACUAUGCAUAGAACAUUUAAAUCACCAGUUAUUAGAACAUUUUCUUUAGAAGAAAAUAAUAAAAAUUUAAAUAAUAGUUAUAAUAAAGUAGAUAACACAAAAAUGAAUAUGAAUAAUACAUCAGAUGGUAUAUUAUCAUUGAGUGAUCGUAUAGAUAAUUAUAAAAAAUUGAUACAAAAUAGUACAGAUACUACAGACUCAGUUAUUAAAUUGAGACAGAAAAAGCCAAUUGAUAUGAAAAAUAUUGAAAAUGAUAAUGAAAUUGAAACUGAUGAUAUACAUAAAACAGGUGAUAAUUUAUUAUUUCCAAAAACAAAUAAAAAUUCAAUUAGAAAAUGUAAUAAUGAAGAAAAUGAUAUUAAUUUUAAUAAUGAUAAUGAUAACAUUGAUGAGAUCGAUGAAGCUAUUGAAGUUGACUAUUUAAAUGAAACAUUACAAUAUAAAGAUAAUGAAAAUAAAAUAAAAGAAAAUUUAUUUGAAGUUUUUAUAUUAGUUGGCUAUAAUCUAAAUGAAAAAAAUGCAUACGUAAAAUAUAAAUUUCCUCAACAUGUACAAAUACCUGAUAAUAUAGAACAAUUAAUAUUCCCAUCUGAAAAAUUAAUUCAAACAGAUAAAUCAAAUCAGGAAUAUUGUUUAAUAUUAACUGAUGAUAAUGGAUAUAAAAUUUAUGGUUAUUGUAGGCGAAUAUUACCUGAAAAUUGUGAUACAUGUUUACCAUUAUGCUAUUGUAUUAUUAGUGAAACAAAAGCAUUAGGUUUCUAUCAAAAAUUAUUAAAAGAAAUUGAAAGCCGUCAUGGUCAAACUGAUAUACAAAUGAAUUUUUUAUUAAAAAGUUUACAAAAAGUAAAAUUACCAACAGCUGGUAAAUAUUUGCAUGUUAAACUACCUCUUUCAAUCCGUCCAAAAACAGUUUUUUCAUCACAUCAUAAAAUUUCACCAAAACGCUUAAGUUUAGAAGCAAAUCCAAAAUGGUUAACAGAAUCCGCAAAAAAUUUAUCAAAAUUUGCAGAAUGUAAUGAUUCUAAAUCACUUCGAAAAGCAAAUAAUGGACAAAAAUCUUUGUUAGAAGAAUACGAAGAAAAGAAAGCUCAUAACAAUUUUGAUUUUGUAUUAUUUAAUAGAAGUUUAAUAAUGCGGGAUCCAAAAUUUGAUGAAAUUUUAAUAAGACGUCCCAAUGAUUUACGUUUAGAAAAUACAGAAUUAAGUGAUUUAUUUAUAAAUUUAGGGCCAGAAUUAUUAGUUAUUGUAUUUUCAACAUUAUUAUUAGAAAGAAAAGUAAUAUUAGAAAGUGAAAAUAUAACAAAAUUAUCAAAAUCAAUAUUAGCAUUACAAACAAUAUUAUAUCCAUUUCAAUGGCAAUAUACAAUUGUUACAAUAUUGCCAGAAAGUUUAACAGAGAUUUGUCAAGCACCAUUUCCAAUUUUAGUUGGAACAUUAGAAAAUAUUUCUUUUGAAAUUGAAGAUGGUAUUAUUAUUAAUUUAGAUAAUAAAUGUAUUAAACAAAGUUGUGGUGAUGAACAAACAAUAUUACCAGAUUCAUUAAUUGAAUCAUUACAAAUGUCAUUGGAAAUGGUUGAUUUAAUUGAUCAAGGUAAAAUGCUAUCAGCUGUAUUAAUAAGUGAAGCAUUUUUACGUUUUUUUGUUGAAUUAUUUGGUAAUUAUAGACAAAAAUAUUUUCAUAAAGAAGAAUUCAUUCAAUGCCAUACAUCACAAAAUGUUAAAUUCUUUUUAGAAUGGUUUGUUGAAACAUCAAUGUUUCGUCAUUUUUGUAUUUAUAAAUUUGAGGUCAUCAAUUUAAAUAAAAAAUUAGUCUUCCCCGCUAAUCAUUAA